AUGGAAACACAAGCGGCAUUGAGAAUAUUGUUCUUAACCUUUGCCAUUGUAUGUGUCUUCUACAAUGGAGUCUACGGAAGAGCUUCUCAGGAGAUUGAUAUGAUAUUGACGACUCUUAAUAAACCUGCGUUAAAGACGAUCAAGAGCGAAGACGGAGAUAUAAUAGAUUGUGUGGAUAUUUAUAAACAACCAGCUUUUGAUCAUCCCGACUUAAAAAACCACAAGAUUCAAAUGGAACCAAGUGUGGAGUUUGUUUCAAAGAAGACUAAUAGUCCGAAGAACAACUCUAAACCGGUAAUAUCCCAGAUUUGGACCAAAUCUGGUAGAUGCCCGGCAGGAACAAUACCGAUUCGUAGAGUCAGUAGAGCAGACAUAAUCAGAGCCUCUUCACCGUCACAAUUUGGAAGAAAAACUCCUCACGUAUACAAUUUUCUCGACAAAGCAUACCAACACAAGUCUAAUAUAAGUUUAACCGCUGAAAAAAUAAGCAAGCCCCACCCAAAAGACCGAUCGGAGGCGGUUCUUCUCGAGGUAGGGAGAAAUUAUAUCGGCGCUAUAUCCGAUAUAAAUGUUUGGAACCCUUCGGGAGUUCAAGCAGGCGAUUACAGUUCUGCACAGAUUUGGCUGCUUGCUGGAGUCGUAGAUGUAUUUGAAACCAUAGAAGCUGGUUGGGUGGUGAAUCCACAGGUUUUCGGAGACAGCCGCACACGGCUCUUCACCUAUUGGACUAAAGAUUCAUACAAGAAAACAGGUUGCUUCAACCUCUUAUGCUCAGGCUUCGUGCAAACAAGUACUCAUUACUCCCUAGGUGCAACCAUAUACCCCGUUUCGACUACCUCGCAUAAACAAUAUGACAUCACCGUUGCCAUCUUUCUGGAUCCGAACAGCGGGAACUGGUGGAUGUCGACCCAGGACAUCAUAUUUGGAUACUGGCCAGGGAAACUCUUCCGAAGCAUAAACCGCAGGGCCACAGCAGUCCAGUGGGGUGGAGAAGUCCAUAGUCGUAACGUGAGGCAGAAGCCACACACUAAAACUCCUAUGGGGAGUGGAGCUUGGGCAUCUUCUCUCCGGGGCAAAGCUUGUUACCACACCAACAUUAGGAUCAAAGACUAUUCCAUGCAGAUCAAGCAUCCUGAGUUUCUAUCCGAGUCCUCAGAUGAGUACAAUUGUUAUUCUACAAAGCGCCAUCGAUAUGAAAACGAGACACAGCCGUUUUUCUAUUUCGGAGGACCUGGCCGGAAUUCUAGAUGUCUUUGA